UGUUGGCCUCUAGAAAACAUAAAAGAACAGCAAAUGCAAGACCACACAUUCCACCCAGCCUUGUAGAUUAACCAGCCUGUCAAACAAGAGCAAAGCAUCAGUGGGUAGAUAAAGUCUAUAAAGUGGACAGCCACACAGUAAAGAGCCUCAUAGACUAAACCUAGAAAUGGAACAAAAGAGGAUAGCAAGUCAGUUUUGGAGAUAAUGCUUCAUGCAAUACCAAGAUAUAGAACACAGCUUGUGACUAAUCUAACUGUGAAACAGAAUUUUCCUGUGUUGGCCGCAUGAGAGUAACAAAGGAAAGCAAAGCUCAGGUAAUGGCAAAUGAUAAGAAUCACGGAGUAAAAGAUGACAAGAUGCCUGGAAACGUGAUGUCAGUAUCCUGCCAUAAGCACCAUUUCCUUUUGGUUGGCUUUCUUUGUUUCUGUCUUAACAGUUUUGUGAGAGGUCAGAAGAACAACACUCUGAUUUUCACCAAGGAAAAUAAAAUUCGCAACUGCAGCUGUUCUGCUGAUAUCCAUGACUGUGACUACAACUUGGCAAACCUCAUGUGCAGUUGCAAAACCAUCUUGCCUUAUACAAUAGACAGAGCCAGCUACCACAGUGACCUAACAAUUUGGUUCACAGAUACGACCGUGCUUGGAAUGCUGUUGAACUUUACAGUGGUGCACUACCUGAAGCUUUCACUCUGUGGCUCCACUCCUCUACCAAGAGAAUACCUGGCUAUUUUGGGAUUGCGAAAGCUGAGAAUAAACAGUGUGGUUAAGGGCCAGUUUCUAGAGCAAAAUUUAACAAUCUACAAUAGUGGCGACAAUGAGAUGAGAGACAAACUGAAGGUGCUACACAAAGACAGGCAAAUGUUUUUGUAUAUUUCUGUCUUGGAUACAUCUCUUUUCAACAGGUAUUCUUUACUGAAGUCCUACAGUGUGGAAAAUGUCUCCAGCAUUACAGACCACUUUCCAAGUCUGCCAUAUUCUGAUAUAUUUUCAACUAGUAAUAACAAAAGCUACAUUGUAACAUUCAUUUACUGAGACAUGUUCAACAACUUCAGCAGUACAGUAAGGGGGCACGUUAACCUGUCAAUAGAACAAGAUAUAGAACUUUUGCAAGUCUGUUUUGUUUGACCCAGAAAGGAAAGUAAGUGUGGGUCAGUUCUUACUGCACUCAAAAUGACACUACUCACAAAGUGUGGGGUUCAAAAUAGUUUGAACAUAGAGAAUUAAUUCUGUAACCUGUUCCUUAGAGAACAGAGAAAAUGUGUAAUGAUCAAUUUUAAAAAUGAUGUAACUACGUUUUCAUAAUGACUUAAUUAUUGUAUGGUAAACAUUGAAAUAUGUUGAUUAAUUUUGUUAUGAAAUGUGCAUUACUUGGGCAUAUGAAAACAUGACAAUGUACCUUUGGGUAUGGAACUACCUAAUAAUAACCCAUCUGUAAUGUGUUUUUACACAUUCUGCUAGAUCAGGGGUCAGCAACAUUUGGCACGCGGCUCGCCAGGGUAAGCACCCUGGUGGGCCGGGCCAGUUUAUUUACCCGCUGACGCGGCAGGUUCGGACGAUCGUGGCCCCCACUGGCCGCGGUUCACCGUCCCGGGCCAUUGGGGGGGGUGGGAAGUCGCGGCCAGCACAUCGCUCGCCCGUGCCGCUUCUUGCCGCCCCCAUUGGCCCGGGAC